GAUAUACGUUUUAGAAUUUACAAAAAUCAUUCUUAGAAAUAACCUAGUCGGACACAGCGGUGAACAUGAAAGAAAAGAGGGAGAAAGAAAAUGCGGCAAGAUGGAUGACCUAAGCGUCUCACCUACCCAAGUGUCCACGAUAAUGAAUUGCAGUUACAUAGAUGGUGAAUUCGUGCCUUUACACAACGGGAACUGCACAUGGCUUUUUGGCAACCGGACGAUUUUCUUCUAUGGGCCAGGCUACGAAGAAAGUCUUUACCAAGUUCCGGCCGGAGUUAUAGUCUUGCUGUCAGUGUUCUACGGGUCUAUAUCUGUUGUAGCUGUGGUCGGAAACUUUCUCGUCAUGUGGAUUGUGGCUACCAGCAGGCGUAUGCAAAAUGUGACGAAUUGCUUCAUAGCAAACCUCGCCCUUGCGGACAUCGUUAUCGGGCUUUUCGCAAUACCCUUCCAGUUCCAAGCGGCUCUGCUCCAGAGGUGGAAUCUCCCGAAUUUCAUGUGCCCGUUCUGCCCUUUCGUCCAGGUGCUGAGCGUUAACGUGAGCGUGUUCACGCUUACAGCGAUAGCUGUCGACAGGCACCGUGCAGUACUCAAUCCUCUCAGCGCGCCUCCUUCGAAGCUGAGGGCGAAAGUGAUGCUCUGCUCCAUAUGGAUUCUAGCAGCGAUUCUUGCAAUCCCGAUGGCCGUCGCUCUGAGCGUCACCUACGUCGAAGAAGACGAUCCAGUUGGACGAGUGUAUACAAAGCCUUUUUGUAGCAAUACAAGACUGUCUAACAACCACAUGCUCGCCUAUAGGAUGAUCCUCGUGUCCGUACAGUACCUGACACCCCUUUGUGUAAUAUCUUACGCUUACGCGAGAAUGGCACUGAGGCUCUGGGGUUCCAGGGCCCCUGGAAAUGCUCAACAUUCCAGAGACGCCAACCUUAUGAGAAACAAGAAAAAGGUAAUCAAAAUGUUGGUGAUUGUCGUGGCCCUGUUUGCUAUUUGCUGGCUUCCACUUCAAACGUACAAUGUACUCCAAGACAUUUUCCCCCAGAUCAAUGGAUAUAAAUACAUCAACAUAAUUUGGUUUUGCUGUGAUUGGCUGGCGAUGAGCAAUUCUUGCUACAACCCUUUUAUCUAUGGAAUUUAUAAUGAAAAGUUCAAACAGGAGUUUCAGCACCGAUUCCCCUUCCGCUCUAGAAAAUGGAACUCGACCUCAGGUACGAACGACAGUUUUGACUUGGACAAGACGAUUCACAGGUUCGGGAGCGUAAAUCGUAAUUCGACGAGAUGGGUACGCUAUUCAUCCAGGGUUAAAUACACCCCGGCACAGCACUACGUCUAUCAUUGUCCCAACUCCAACACCAUUCACCAUCACAGCUCUCAGUCUGACAUUGAAGAACUCUGCCUAUAAAUACUGCCAAAGUUAUUGUUUUAAUUACGCUAGACUCCUCAGUACUGAAUUUUUCAAUGAACGUCAAAGUUUCAUUUUGCGUAUUUAUUGUGAUAGAACUACAUGUAGUUCUAAAUCAUCAAUCGUGCUGUAAUAAGAACCAAAGUUGUAAAAAAAAGAUACUCUUUAUAACUUUAAGGCUGGUUGUAAAUAAUAUAUUCCUGAUAGCUCAUUCUUGGCAAUAAAUUGUGUCAUGUAAAUAUUUCAUAAAUAUGCAAACAGAGGGUACUUAAAAGAGAAAUUACUCAUUGAGAUAUAAUAAUAUUUAAUACAUAAUUUUUGUACAACAUUUUAUUUCUACAACCUUACCGUCACCCUGUAGGAUGUAGCGAGUCAGUGGUUGUAUUUAUCAUUUAAAAGAAAAUAUGUGAAAUUUCAUAGUGUAUAUUUUGUACCGUAUACAUAUUGUAUUUCCUAGAUUGUAUAGUCAUCAAUCAUUGUACAAUGAAGAAAAUAAAACAAACAGUUUGUACAAAGAUAUUUUUAAUAUGAUACAAAAAAGGAAAGAUUUGGCUCUGUUGUCUUCUGUGAAUAUUUUAUAACUAACAAUCCUCCAGUCAAAGAUGGGAAUCUGUUUUAUU